AUGAAUGAUGGCAUACUCGUUAUGCGCGGAGAAAAGGUUCCGUCGCGAAAUGUAGGCGAUAUUGGUUUUGUUGUGCACCCAUCUGUCGUCCAUCUUUUCGAUUUUCACGAGAUCCUGUCACCUCGUUUGGCCAUUCUUCGUCUUUGCUGUUUGCACCAAAAACCUAUCAGCAUCAUCAACUGCUACCCACCAACAUCAGCAGCUGAUGAAUCCGAAUCGGGCGCGUUUUAUAAGAAACUGGAGGAAGUGAUCCGCAACGAAAAUUCCUACAAAUUCGUGGUCGUAGAAGUCAACACAAAACAGGGAAAUCCUAGGAAGGAGGAAUACAGGAUCGGAAGAUUUGGAAUGAAAACGACAAUCGUCUUGCCGGGCUGCUGUCCACUUUUCGCUUCUUUCUGGAAUGGAAAUUCCCUUUUAUGA